AUGGGUCAACAAGAUAUCGAGGGUUUCCCUCCUCAAUCAGUCUUUUCUGUAAUUGGAAUGAGAAGGCUUUGGGAUGAACUAUACGAAGAAGGAAACUUGGUUGAAAAUCUGGACAACACAACAAGUUUAACCUAUAUGGUCAUGCAUGGAAUGGCCGGUUCCAAAACUAGAGAUUUUUCUCUAGUAGAGAAGGUUGAUUGCGAUUCAGAUGGAACGAUUUAUUUCGUUUCUACUUCAGUCAUCACACCAAAAAUUCCACCAUGCGUUGGUAAAGUUCGUGCCAACAUAAAAUUAAAUGGUUGGGUCCUACAACCUACUUCUGAAGAUCCAUCCGUUACGAGAGUUACCUACAUUCUCCAAUCAGAUGUCCGUGGAUGGAUUCCGUCGGUACUUGCUAGGAAAUAUUUGGCAAGACGACCCCUUGUCAUUCAUACCAUUAAAACUUAUUUGCUAAAGAAUGGUCCUCCGGUAAUG